AUGUACAUACAAAUUGAAAUACAUACUCGCGAAACACCCAAUCGUACGAUUGAGGAUUUGCCCGACAAUACGGUGGCAACACUUAUAUAUGAAAAUAACAUAAAUGUAACUGGAUGGGCUAAUUUAGAGCUAACAUCGUAUAAUACGUUCGCAAACGAUAGUCUACAGGCGUAUAUGUCGGGCAAACUCGAGGGCUACACAACGGGUUCACUCAUUCAUAUGCAUUAUCUCAACACAAUCGACGGCUUUUGCGCUAAACGUAAACAGUUUUGCGAUGCGUUAAAAAACUUUCAUAAGACAAACACCGCUUUUAUCAAUACUAAUAUCAAAAGUCAUGCAAACGACGACUAUUGGCAUCAAUUAGGGCUCGUUUACGAACAGAUGCGGGGCUUAACGGCCGGGUAUGAGGACUGGAAGGCUGUCAAUAACGUCACCGACCGGACUGUGGAAAUGGAUGUGAUGAGUGAAAUCUGGUGGUUGAACCUCAUGUUUGAAGCCGGUGAGCUCGAGGCUAUACUCACACCCAACUCAACUACAAUAAAGUAUCAAGACCACUGUACGGCCAUGGUCAAAGUAUUGCCCGAUGGCAGUGAUCUAUACGUAACUCACAACGCAUGGUACAUUUAUAACAUAAUGCUCCGGGUACAGAAACAAUAUAGCUUUGCAUUCAAGAGUAUAACUACCGGUGCUCUAAUACCGGGUCAUUCUGUAUCGAUGUCCUCCUAUCCGGGAUUCAUCUUCUCGGGUGACGACUACUACGUCCUGUCCUCUGGACUCGUAGUCCAGGAGACGACUAAUGAAAACUUUAACAAAUCGCUGUACUCUACGGUACGACCCAAUCAAGUGGUGUUAGAGUUUGCUCGCGUAGUAGUGGCCAAUCGGUUGGCCACUGGGGGCCGGCAGUGGUCAGACAUAUUGGGCCGCUUUAACAGCGGAACCUAUAAUAACCAGUUUAUGAUUGUUGACUAUAAACUAUUCACCAAGGGCACACCAGUCCAUUCACUGUCAGAUAAUUUACUCUGGGUGUGCGAACAAAUGCCCGGCACUAUGACCGCGGCUGAUGUGACCAAGGUGCUUCGUGAUACCACGUAUUGGGGUUCGUAUAAUGUGCCAUAUUUUCAGAAUAUAUAUAACAUGAGCGGAACCGGUGGUUUGGUUCAAAAAUGGGGCGAGUUUUUCAGUUACAAAGAAACAGCCAGGGCACUUAUAUUUAAACGAGAUCAAAGCACCGUGACCGAUUUGAACACAUUGUAUUCACUGAUGCGCUACAACAACUUCCAACAUGAUCCUCUAUCGCAAUGUCACCAUUACCAGCAAGAGUGUCAGCCCGGGUACGCUGGCCAGCUUGCCUUAGCGGCCAGGCAUGACUUGAACUCACCCACCGGACAAUACCCGUAUAUAUUUGGUCGCGCUAUCGCUGGUGCUAUGGAUGCAAAGAUGACAAACUCAGAUAUGAUCGCGAGGUUAGAGAUGUUGGCCGUGAGUGGGCCCACACAUCGUCAGCAGCCGCCGUUCCAAUGGUCUACUAGUGGUGCCGGCCCUGAGCUCAGUCAUAUCGGUCACCCCGAUGUGUUUGAUUUCAAACCUAUUUAUACCAAGUGGUACCCAAACAAGUGGGUUAUUGCCAAUGAUAUUAUUAGUGAUGGCUUUUGCGGUGAUUGCUUAGACGUUUGCGAUACGCUCAAGAAUUUUCAUGAGACGAACACCGCUUUUAUCACUACUGUUCACGAAAACGAUGACUAUUGGCAUCAAUUAGGGCUCGUUUACGAACAGAUCAGGGGUUUAGAGAACGGCGAAAUCUGGUGGUUAAACAUACUUGAUGAAACUUAUGAGCUCGAGGCAAUACUCACACCCAACUCAACCACAAUACCAUAUCGAGACCACUGCUCAGCUUUGGUCAAAGUAUUGCCCGACGGCAGUGACCUGUAUGUGGCCCACAAUACGUGGACAAAUUAUAAAUCAAUGCUCCGGGUGUUGAAACAAUAUAGCUUUGCAUUCAAUAGCCUAACAACUGGCGCUUUAAUACCCGGCCAUUUGGUGGUCAUAUUUUCAUACCCGGGGUCUGUCUUUUCAGGUGACGACUACUACGUCCUGUCCUUUGGACUCGUAGAGACGACUAAUGAAAAUUUCAACAAAUCCUUGUACUCUACGGUACGACCCAAUCAAGUGGUGUUAGAGUUUGCUCCCGUAGUAGUGGCCAAUCGGUUGGCAGCCAGCGACAUAUUGGGCCGCUUUAACAGCGGAACCUAUUAUAACCAGUUUAUGAUUGUUGACCAUAAAUUAUUCACCAAGGGCACACCAGUCCGUUCACUGCCAGAUAAUUUACUCUGUGUGUGCGAGCAAAUGGCCGGCAGAUGUGACCAAGGUGGUUCCGGUACGGGAAGUUUGGUUGAAAAAUGGGGUACGUUUUUCAGCUACAAAGAUACAGCCAGGGCACUUAUAUUUAAACGAGAUCAAAGUACUGUAGCUUAUUUGAACACAUUGUAUUUACUGAUGCGCUACAACAACUUUCAACAUGAUCCUCUAUCGCAAUGUCACCAUUACCAGCAAGAGUGUCAACCAGGGUACGCUGGCCAGCUUGCCAUAGCGGCCAGGCAUGACUUGAACUCACCCACCGGUCAAUACCCGUAUAUUUUUGGUCGCGCUAUCGCUGGGGCUAUGGAUGCAAAGAUGACGAACUCAGAUAUGACCGCGAGGUUAGAGAUGUUGGCCGUGAGUGGGCCCACACAUCGCAAUCAACCGCCGUUCCGUUGGUCGACCAGUGGUGCCUGCCCUGAGCUGAGUCAUAUCGGUCAGCCCGAUGUGUUUGAUUUCAACCCCAUUUAUACCAAGUGGUACCCAAACAAGUGGGUUAUUGCCGAUGAUAUUAUUAGUGCGAGAGCCAAACCCAAGUGGAAGUAUCAAAAACACUGUUUAGCCAUAGUCAAAGUAUUACCCGAUGGCAGUGAUCUAUACGUAACUUAUAAUCCAUGGUACAUUUAUAACAUAAUGCUCCGGGUACAGAAACAAUAUAGCUUUGCAUUCAAGAGUCUAACUACCGGUGCUUUAAUACCGGGUAAUUCUGUAUCGAUGUCCUCCUAUCCGGGGUUCAUCUUCUCCGGUGACGACUACUACGUCCUGUCCUCUGGACUCGUAGUCCAGGAGACGACUAAUGAAAAUGUCAACAAAUCCCUGUACUCUACGGUACGACCCAAUCAAGUGGUGGUAGAGUUUGCCCGCACUGUAGUGUCCAAUCGGUUGGCCACUGGAGGCCGGCUAUGGACCGAUAUAUUGAGCCGCUUCAACAGCGGAACCUAUAAUAACCAGUUUAUGAUUGUUGACUAUAAACUAUUCACCAAGGGCACACCAGUCCGUUCACUGCCAGAUAAUCUACUCUGGAUGGCGGCGCUGAUGUGCGCCAUACGGCCAAUUCAUAGGUAA